UGGGGAGCGCGGUCCAUCCCCUGGCCGUUGCGUGGGAUGUUCCCUGUCCCCAGGGCAGCCCUGAAGCCUGGGAGGGAGCAUCGCGUUGCCAGGUGUGCACGCUCGCUCCCUUGGGGGCACCGGGGCUGCCAUGGCCCCCAGCCACCUGUCGGUGCGGGAGAUGAGGGAAGAUGAGAAGCCCCUGGUGCUGGAGAUGCUGAAGGCUGGCGUGAAGGACACGGAGAACCGCGUGGCCCUCCACGCCCUGACACGGCCGCCCGCCCUGCUCCUCCUGGCAGCGGCCAGCAGCGGUCUGCGCUUUGUCCUGGCGUCCUUUGCUCUGGCCCUGCUCCUGCCCGUGUUCCUGGCCGUGGCGGCCAUGAAGCUGGGCCUUCGGGCCCGGUGGGGCUCGCUGCCUCCUCCGGGCGGCCUGGGGGGGCCCUGGGUGGCGGUGUGUGGCUCAGGUGAUGUGUGCGGGGUCCUGGCCCUGGCUCUGGGCUCCAGCGCUGGGGACGGGGCCCGGGUCACCCGCCUCUCAGUCUCCCGCUGGCACCGGCGGCAGGGCGUGGGCCGGCGGCUGCUGGCCUUCGCGGAGUCCCGGGUGCGCACCUGGGCAGGGGGCGCGGGGGAGCCCCGAGCCCGCCUCGUGGUCCCCGUGGCGGUGGCAGCCUGGGGCGUGGCAGGGAUGUUGGAGGGGUGUGGCUACCAGGCAGAGGGGAGCUGGGGCUGCAUGGGCUACACGCUGGUGAGGGAGUUCAGCAAGGACCUGUGACUCUGAGCUGAGCGCCUGUUAUGUGCAUGAGCGCCUACUGUGUCCGUGAGUGCCUACUGUGUGCAGGCACAGUCACAUCCUCCCUGUGUGAAUGCUCAGCGCCCCCGCCCCCCGGGGCCCAGAAACUCAGGCCUGCAGAGGGCAAGCGACCCGGCUGCAGUCUCAGGUCUGCCCGUAACGUGUGCACUUCUCGGAGGGGGCAGCCUGUCCACGCCCUGCCUCGGGUUUGUCUGCACUGGGGAAUCUCUCCGGUCCGCCUCCCGGGCUGCAAAGUCUGCACCUUUUGUGCUCCCGGCCGAGGAGAGAGAGGCGGACAGAGGAGGGGAGGGUGAGCACGUUUGACACCCGCCACCCAAGGGUUAGGACUGGAGGCAGGGGUGCCCGGAGUGGGACGAGGCCCCUGCACAUGGGGUGGGGUUUGA